AAUAAAUAGUAAAGAUUAGUCAAUCGAUUUGAGGAAAUGGGAAGAACAAUACCUUAUAAUCAUUACCAUCAUCCUACUACUACUACUACUACUUUACCUAAUCGAUUGAUUAUUAAACUCGAACAUUUGUUAACUGAUUCUUUGAAAUCUUGUUCAGAAGAAUUCAUUCACUUUUCUUCUCAUCGUCAUCCAUUUCUAAAUCGAUUCUCUAAACCUGAAGAUUGGAACUUUGAUAACUUCUUAAUCGGUUUAGAAUCAACUUCAACUUCAACUUCAAAACAACUCAUGGAUCGCUGGGUUAGAAAUAUCGUCUUGGCUUCUGCUACUGCUUCUCAAUCCGAACCUAAUCCAUCUGAUCAACCAUCUCAUUCAACUUCAAACUCAAUCAGACCUUCAUCCGAAUCGACUCAUCAACCCAACUCACUCUUUCCUCCUAUAGAUCAUUCUGAUCAGAUUCCAGAAUCACUUCAGUGGUCUCAUGCUGUACCUCCUCCAAUCGGUUCAUCAUCUUCAAUCAGCUCUUAUAACCCUCUCGCCACUCAAGAAGGAUUGGCUGAUCAUCCACGCCUUCCAUCUGGUCCUGAAGCCGGUCAAUCGGAUUCUUCUCUUUGGCCAACUGACCCUCCUACUUCUUGGCAUCACAAUCUACCACCAUUCCCGGCUGAUCAUCUUCAAGCCUACGGUUCUCCUUAUACACGUCAUAUCCUAUCUAGCGUUCAAGGUGAUCUGGAUCAUUUCAUUCAAAGAAUGUAUCAACAUCCUCGUCCUUCUCAAUCCAAUCCAACCGCUACCACUACUACUUCUGACGCACAAGAUCAUCCAUCUCGACCCGAGCCAGUCGCUUCUACAGCUUCUCCUCCUAGCCUUGGCCUUGAUCCACCCGUUCCGGCUCGCACUCAAAGGAUUUCAGUCACCUUACCUGGCGUUCGCUCUAUCCUAUCAGCCACCUCUCCCGAAGCACUCUCACUGCUUUCACACAUCAGACAUCCAUCUUCACCUCUUCCUGCUAGUCUCACUGAUUUUCCGGUCUUUCCUGAACCAUUGGGUUUACAAUCUUAUCCUUCUCAGCUCACCGAGGCGGAUAUUCUUCAUAUGGGGCACUCCAAUCUGUUUAGAAGUGAAGAUGAAGAUGAAAACACUGAUCUACAUCCCUCCUUGAGCUACGAUCCAGUGCCCUUGAUACAUCUUAGACCACCUUUAUCCCAUCAACCGGGUCACAUUCCAAGCCCUCUUGAUGAUACUGUACCUAGCUUCGAUCUUACCCCUGAUACACCCUCACCAAUCGACCCCAUUGCUGACUCUGUCAGCCUUCGGUCUCAGCUAUCACCUUCAUCUGAUGAACUUCAUAUCACAUUGCAUGAAAAUAUGGAAAAUCCCGACUCGAGAGCCUCUGAAAGACCAAGCCCAAGUUUGACCAGUGAUUUCGAUCACCAUACUACUAGAGCUCGUGCUACCUCUCGUAUCACACGACUUCGAUCCCAACAAGGGCGUUCUCUUUCGGAACACACCUCUCCCGAACCAGAAGAAGAUAUCAGUACAACUCCCGAAGGCUCUCAAAGACGUCGAAAACGUAGCCGUACAGCUCCUUUGGUAACCCAAGACCUUUCCUUUGCCGAUCCGAGUUCCUCCCCGGCUUCCACGUCAAAUGCGGCUCCCACCACGGCCGAUAUUGCAGAAGAAGCAGCUCGUAAUUCCAAUCCACAUCGUGCACUACCUGCAUUCUAUUCUCAAGACCCACAGAUUCUUACUCCGGAGAUGACUAUUUCAAUCGAUACCGACCCCAUGACCCGUCGUCAGAUCAUUCUCGAUCAUUCUACUCACGGUCCUAUCAGAUGGCACAAUGCAUCACAGAAAGCUAUCUACGAUGCUUCCAAAGACGGUCUUGUGGGUGAAGAGAUUGGUCAGAUUAGAUUUAGUUAUCUCAGUAUUCCUCCUCGCGAAAGACACGGAGAUGGAAGUACUAGAGAGGCAAGCCAAGGAUUUGAGAAUCCAGAAGAAUCAAGUACGAGUCGAGCUACUACAGACAAUCAUUACCUUCGAUCGUUUUAUCUUACAAGUGGAGAAUGGGGACCGCCGACGAGUUCGACAUCUUUUCGAGAAUCAUUAGAGAUUCGACCUUCAUUGUUUAGUUGGGGUAGACGUGCUAUGGCACCUGAUGGACCACCACCACCACCUUUACCGACUUCAUCUUCAACACUUGAUCCGAUGGGAUCUAGUUAUUUACAACCUCGUGUGGCUCAUCAUUAUCCUCAUCAUCCUCAUCAUACUGGGAAUGGAAGAUUGUAUCGAUCUUCUACGUUUGCUAGACUUCCUCCUAUUAUUAAUGGUGGGGGGGGUGUUAGUUCUAGUAGUAGAAGAAUGAGAAGAGAAGCUGAAGAGUUUAUGCUUCCUCCUUUACUUCCUAGACCACCACCACCACCAUUUUCAUAAACUUUGAUCAUCAUGAUGAUCUUGAAGUUUUUUCUUUCGAAAAAAAAAUCUCAUUGAUUUCUUUUUUUUUCGUCUUUUUUUAUUAUUCAUUCUUAGAAUAUUUGAUUUAGUUUUCGAUGUUUCUGUUCUUGUUCAACUAGUCUUUUAAGUUUUUUUUGUAAUAGGUAGCAAUAUAAUCUUGAUUUAAUCAUUCAUCACUACAUCAUAUCUACAAAUAUAUAUAUUUUAAAAACUUUUUGUUUUUUUGAAAAUCGAAUUUGCAAGGUUUUUAUUUUAGAUUUUAGAUUUUUUUCGAUAUAUAUAUAUCUGUUGAAAUCCGUUUUGAUGU